CGACACUUAGUCUUGGUGUCUGAAAUUAUUUUCAUUUGGUUGGGUUGACCUAUUCUGACAUCCAACCUUGACGGUUAUUUGAAAUUUCGGGGAAUGAGUCUUUGGGUUGACAAAUAUACUCCCACUUCAUUGGGGAAGUUGGAUUACCACAAAAGACAAGCCAAAAAUUUGAAAAAAUUAGUUGAUAGUAACAACUUUCCUCACUUGCUAGUGUAUGGACCUUCUGGUGCAGGGAAGCGAACUAGAAUCAUGUGUAUUCUUCGUGAACUGUAUGGAUCAGGCGUUGAUCGACUAAGAAUGGAACACCAUACUUUCACAAAUCCUUCAAACAAGAAAGUCAGCUUAUCCACAGUUUCGAGUAACUUUCAUUUGGAAGUAAAUCCUAGCGAUGUUGGAAUUUACGACCGAAUCGUCAUUCAAGAGUUAAUCAAAAGUAUGGCAUCAACAGCUCAGCUAGACAGUGGGCAACAGAAAGAUUUCAAAGUAGUGGUUCUGCACGAAGCGGACCAUUUAACACGUGACGCACAACAUGCUUUGCGUAGAACUAUGGAAAAGUACAUAUCCACUUGCCGUCUAAUAUUGUCAGCGGAAUCUACCAGUAAGAUCAUUUCUGCUACUCGUUCAAGAUGUCUACCAAUAAGAGUUUCUGCCCCAUCUAUCGAUGAAAUUGUUGAAAUCUUGAAAAAUACCGCUCGCCGAGAAGGCCAUUCAAUGCCGGUUGAACUAGCUAAGCGUAUCGCGUUAGCAUCCGAACGGAACCUACGUAGAGCUCUUUUGUAUGCUGAGGUAGCUAGGUGGCAGCAUUGCCCCAUGCUUCCAGACCAAAGUGUGCAGUUACCUGACUGGCAAGUCUUUCUUACUGAGACAGCAUCAGCUAUUUUGGCGGAACAAAGUCCGAAGAAAAUACUAGAAGUCCGCAAUCGUCUUUAUGAAUUAUUAUGUCAUUGUAUUCCGCCCAACAUUAUCAUGAGAGGUCUGGUUGACAAUCUAUUAAAUUCAUGUGAUCGUAAUUUAAAACUGGAAUUGGUUCAAUUGGGUGCGGAAUAUGAACAUCGAUUGAAUUUAGGCCAGAAACCGAUUUUUCAUUUGGAAGCCUUUGUAAUUGCAUUUAUGGCUAUCUACAAACGAUAUAUAGAAGAUGCUCUAGGCUCUGGGAUGGAAUGGUAGCAUUAACAUAAAACAAAUAUUAAAUUCUCAAGAUGUAUUAUGUAUAUUUAUUACGAGUUAUGUUGAUAAAUAAAAGUUUCUUUUGU